GUAUCCCUCCGCCACAAUCGCACUAGGAAAAACAGCUGUGUAGCGAGCUAAAGCUAGCUAACRUCGCCCGUGUUUGUCAGCGGGUUUUCAGUCGUUCCUUGAGCGCACAUCUGCCCUACGAAUCUCAGGAGUGGCCGACUCGUCGUCUGUCAUCCCUUUUAACGAUGAAGUUUCAGUACAAAGAGGAGCAUCCAUUCGAGAAGAGGAGGUCCGAGGGCGAGAAAAUAAGGAAGAAGUAUCCGGACAGGGUUCCUGUAAUUGUGGAGAAAGCUCCUAAAGCAAGAAUAGGAGAUCUGGACAAGAAGAAAUAUCUUGUCCCCUCUGAUUUGACAGUGGGUCAGUUUUACUUCCUAAUUCGGAAAAGAAUCCACUUGCGAGCCGAAGAUGCGCUCUUCUUCUUCGUAAACAACGUCAUUCCACCCACCUCAGCCACCAUGGGUCUGUUGUACCAGGAGCACCACGAGGAGGACUUUUUCCUCUACAUCGCCUACAGUGACGAGAGCGUGUACGGGAGCAGCCAAAGGGAAAUCUGACCCCCCCCCCACACACACAGACACACACACA